AUGGACAGCUCUCCCGCCUCGCCUUUGGCCCCCAGGGAUCCCAGCUCCCCUGAAUCUUCGAUCGGCGAACAAAUCGCCACUCUACAGGCCCAGCUUGCCGCUCUGCAGGCCUCGCAACCCGCCGCCGCCGCAGCCGCCGCACCCCCGGCCGUCACCGUCGUGCCGGGGAACGCCGCCACCGCAUCCAAGGUCGUGUUUCCCAAGCACGCUCGUCUGGACGGCCCCAAGUCGUUCACCAACUGGUUGCGUCAACUCCGUCUUGCACUCCCGAACCAGGUUCGUGGUUACGUUCUCGACGGUGUCGUUCCCCCGACCUGGACCGCCGACCAGCUUGCCGCACGUGACGACGCCGCCCGGGAAAUCAUCGUUGGCUCUAUCGACUCCGCCGACGUAUCGGCCACCCUCGACGCCAUCCCCAGCGACGACCUGUCGGCACCGCGCAUCUUUGCCGCUCUCAAGGCUCGUUUUGCACCGGACGACGCUACACGCACUCUCGAGUUGUUCGCUCGCCUUUGGGACUUCAGGAAGAUGCCUGCCUCCGUCGAGGCCUACGACACUUGGCUACGCGAGUACAUGUCGAUUGCUCAGGAAAUACGCGACGCCAAAACAUCGCUCAACGACGUGCUCGCCACCCACGUGCUCGCCAUGGUCCCGUCUUGCCUCGACAGCUUCCGACUCACGUUCACGGACGAGCAGCGAAACCGACGCGACCUUCCCGAACUCACGACGCUUACGGACCGCAUUCGCAUCCAGCUUCGUUCGGCAGGACUCUCGACCUCGCAUUCGGCCAUGCUUGCCACCAGCUCCCCCUGCCCCGCCUGCCGCGCUCCCGGUCACCGCCUGCGCGACUGCACUUCACGUGCGAAGCACCCGCCCACCGGCCCCUGCCGCCGAUGCCACAAGAAAGGUCACUGGGCACUCGACUGCAAGAACCGGGGUGAACAGGCACGUAGCAGCGACGACGACGGUCUUUACCUUUUGGACGCGGAUCACACCAAGUGUCAGCAUCUUGCCUUCCUCUCACGCUCUGAGUCUCCCGUGCCCCUGCUUACCCUACACCGCUGCCUCGGCCAUCUUGCCCCAUCCUCUAUACAGAAGAUGAUUGCUGCAGGUUUGCUGGACGGGUUUGGGGCCGGGUACAGUGACAAAGACGUAGAGGAGUUUGUUUGCAAUGCUUGCCUUGGUUCCAAAGGUCACCGCCUUCCCUUUCCCGACUCUGAGUCGCAUUCCGCCGAGAGACUUGGCCUCGUGCACAGCGACGUCCUUGUUGAACUUUGCUCCAUCUCACUUCUAGGACAAUAUGCGCUCACUGAAGUAGAGGUGCCUCGCCUUUUGGUGCAGUGGUAUAUUGUUCCUUCAUAG